AUACUUAUAGCAGGAGUAGUGUAAUGCAAUAUGGUAGAUGAUAAUGAGCUAGAAGUUAGUCCGCUCACUGACGAGGAGCUCCGAGAUUUAAAAGGAUUAUUCGUAAAGUUUGACUCUGAUGGAAAUGGGGAGCUGGAUGUAGACGAGAUGAAAUUGCUGAUAGAUCAGUUGAAGAUAGUUGCCACAACAGACGAUUUAAAGAUAAUGUAUAACGAGUUGGAUUUAGAUGGGAGUGGAACUAUCGACUGCGCCGAAAUGUUGGGUACCAUCGAAAACUACCUGCGUGAAGUGUACUCGUCCACAGAACUGAGCGAAUCCUUUACCCAGCUAUGCAGCUGCGUUGUUGAGAACGAGGAGGGUGACGAAGAAGGAGAUGAACUCAUUACCGCUAAAGACCUUGCUAAUGCGAUGUGUCUGGCGGGUGUGUACAUGACAGAGGAAGAGGUGACUAACUUGUUAGAUGAGGUAGACGAAUCAGGAGACGGUACAAUCGACUUUACUGAGUUUAGAAAUACUCUUCUAAUGCUGUAAACAGAAGAUUCGAUCGGAUAAUCUUCACAACCACUGAGACUUGACUCAGAGAAUCAACUAUUUCAUCAUUUAUAGUGAUUGAUUGAUCACCGCACAGAAAUACAGUAACCUAAACAGAAAAAGCUGAACGGCCCUAUUAAGCUAUUAAUGUCCGCGUGACCACCUCACUUGGCUGAUUUAGACUUAGACCUAAUAGAAUCGGCUGAAAAAUUGUUAUAUUAACUCGGGUGAUCAUUCAGAUUAUUUAUUUUUGCUAACUUU